AUGUCCAUUUAUGUUAAGCAAUGGUCUCGCUCUGUACCUGAAGGACAAACAUGUUCUCCAAUUGAUAAUCCAAACGCUCCAGAAUUAUACACACCAUUAGUUUUUACGUUUAUUUUCAUCAAUCACAUCUUCAUAAAAGGAGCUGAGAAGGGCUUUUCAAUGGACUUCUUAUACAUCUGUAUUCUUAAAUUUAUCUGCAUCUUGUUCUUCGAGAUAGUAAUUUGCAAAUUAUGCUUCUCCAACUUUGGUAUACAAGGAACAUAUCCAAUUCUCUCCCUUCUUUCAGACUUUUCAUCGAUAUCAUUUUAUCUUACAAUUAUUUCACUAUUUUCCUGGAACAGAGCCCUUUUCUACGUAUCUUACUUAUACUGUGCUGCAGCAGCCUUCCUUUGGACCCUCAGAACCUUAAAUAGUGAACAAUGCAUGGCUCAGCGCCAAACACAGAGUACACAAAUAAUUACUUACUUCCUGCUUAUUUUGGCAGCAAUACAAAUUAUUCUCUUGUACUUGUUGGCUCCAAAAUGCUACUAA